UGAUGGUUGAGUGACAGACACCCCCAAAAAAGGAGAGAGAGAGCAGUGGGAGGGCGUAAAGAAGAGAAAGAGAGAGUGAGUUCCUCAUAAGUCCUCAGAGGUGCAAGGGAUCUCAUAACAGACGAGGCUGUACGUGCAACUACAGCUGAGAAGACGCAGCACAGCACAGCUGUCUAAAGAAAGGAAAAGCUAACCUAACAUGAUGGAAGUGGUCCUAACCAGACUGCGGGACUUCUCCUGCAAGACCUCCACCUUCAACGGCUGUGAGGGAGCCGGACGGAGUGCAUGCAGGGAAACUCGGACGAGGACGGAGCACCUCAGAGACACAGUUGGAGGCGAAGGCAGCAGACUGGACAUCGAGAGCGCACUGGCCUGGCUGAGGAGAGAACUGAUGGAAAUGCGUUCCCAGGACCAAGCUCUGAUCCGGCAGCUGAUGGAGCUUCACUCCGGCAUCCAGGAGCUCAAGCAGGAGUUGUCUGAGGAGGAGGAGGAAACAGACGAGGAGGAAGAGGAGGGCAGCUACUGGGACUCUGAGAGCGAACAAGGAAGUGGCAGCAUCUACUCCAGCUCAGGGGAGGUGGGCUCUUCCACCUCCGUCCUGAAGAUACCACCACCCCUUUACUACAGGGUUUUAUCAAAGAGAGCGUUCAGCAGGAGAAGCUCUGUGCCCUGAAAAUUCAAACUGUUAAAAGUAAAAACCUUUGAGUGUCUCUCCUCAACUUCUUUUCAUCCUCUAAGACACGGUGGAGCCAGAUAAAUAAAUCUGCUAUUUCCCACCUUAAUUUUUGUACUUUAUUUUGUCAAAGAAGCACCAAACAAGAGGAUGAGUGGAGUUAACGACAGAUUAGGUGCUUUGGCUUCACUUUUGAGGAGCUGUCAUGUCAUCCAUCUUUUUGAGUCAUGGUCCCAUUCCUUUAAAUUAGCAUAUAAGCUGCGUGACAGUGAAGCACAAAUUCUGAUUUAAACACUGACCUGAAGGCGGACAUUGCUGUCUUUGUGUAGCAUUGUGUGUCCGAGAAACUUUGAAUUCUGAAUAUGCGACAGAAAUCCACCACAGAGUGUGUGUGUGUGUGUGUGUGUGUGGUCACAUGUGCUGGAUGCUCGCUGACCUUUCAUGACUGUAACGAUGUGCAGAAUGAAUUCAGCGCCGCAGCAGGACAGUGUGCAGUUCAUUGCAUCUUCAUUAUGCACAUGCGGUGAUAAAACCCUCUGGGGACAGUGGGACAUUGUUAUUGAGACCCUGCAGUGUUAAAUAUGUCUCUGACAAAGGAUUAUUAGAGUCGAGUUUGUACAGUGAGGCUGUAAAUCCAUUAAAAUGUUAACUGUGGUUGUAUUGAUGUAAAGUGUAUAAACUAGAAUUGUAUGGAAAUGAGACGUAGAUGUGUUUAUUAACCGUUCUCGAACAUGUAGCAGUGUUUCACACAGGUACUGUACUGCAGCAGCACAGUAUGCCAGCACAAUAAAGACAUGAAAACUA